AUGUUCGCUGAUCGAGAGACAGAAAUCUUCCGCGAACUUAUUGAUCCGAAUUUUCCUGACAUUGUCGACGUUGCAAAAACGUGUCCUCUGGUGAUGGUGAACUCCAACGAAUUGUUCGAGUUGACUCGACCAACACUUGCAAAGGUUGUGAAUAUUGGAGGCGUCGGCAUUCAGAUAAAGGAUGCCAAGCCGCUGACCAAGGAGUUCCAAAAAAUAGUGGACAGUUGUGAAGGCCUCGUGGUGUUCUCGUUCGGCUCAGUGACCGCAAGCCAUCGAAUGCCGCUUGAAUGGAAGCAGGCCUUUUUGGACCAGCAAUUUUCAACCUCUUGUAAGAAUUCCGCCCAACUGAUUGACUCUUGUGCAGAUCAACUUCCACCGAACGUUUACUUAUUCAAAUGGCUGCCGCAAGCAGAUCUUCUGAGAAAUCCCAAGACGGUAGCUUUCAUAUCGCAUGGAGGUUACAACAGUCUACAGGAAGCAGUCACAUCAGGCGUUCCAAUGAUAACCGUUGCUCUAUUUGGAGAUCAGCCACGAAACGUGAAGCUGGCGGAAAGGCACCACUUCGCUAUCGCAAUAAGAAAAGGCGACGUCAAAGCUGACACCAUUGCUGAAGCACUGGACAGGCUUCUGAAGGACAAGAGCUAUUCUGAAAACAUCAAGAGAUUGUCACAAAUGGUGAAGAAGAAGCCUGUGAGCGCAGAUCAUCUUCUGGUGGCGUGGUCCGAAUUUUUAGCCGAAUUCAAAACCCUGGAAAAUCUUGUUCCAGCCGGUACAAAACUAAAUUUCGUUCAGUAUCACUUCAUUAGACGUUAUCGCCUUCCUGUUGUCGAUCUUGGCCGUUAUUCUCUUCGUCUUAUGGAAAUUGUUGAAAUUAAUUUUGUUGAAAAUAUAUGCUUCAUUAACCCGUGUUAA